CAGUCGCAUUUUAGAAGUUCGGCCGUCAAUAGCAUAUCAUGUUGAGACCGGUUUUUAGAAUUCAAAUUUGUUUGCUAGCCAGUGCCCUCGUCAUUUCGUCGAACCAAGCAGCUGCCAAAGCAGCUGCAAAUUGUCUUAAUCCCAAUCAGAAUGCAGGCCAAUGCAUUUCAAUUUACGAUUGUAACUCGCUGAGCUUUGUAUUGAGAAAGCAACUGUCGGCCCAGUAUCGUUUCGUGCGCUUGUCCCAAUGCGACGGUGGUGCUGAUGCAAGCGGGAAAUUCCCCUUCGUUUGCUGCAACAAUGACACCGACUUUCGUGAUCCCAAAGCAGAUUGGCAACAACGUAUAAUUUUUCCUGGUCCAGAUAAUUCCGGGAGGCCUGGUCCUGGACGUAAGAAUGUCGCUUUAAUUGAACCGCCGCGCUGUGGUGCUUUGACAAUAUCGAAUAAGAUUUUUGGCGGUGAAGAGGCUGAGAUUACAGAAUUUACUUGGAUGGUCAAAUUGGAAUAUAAAACUGUGGCUAACACCUUGGUUUCGGAAUGUGCUGGCUCGCUGAUCAAUGAGCGUUACGUAUUAACGGCGGCUCACUGUGUCAUUGGUCCCAUUGAGGAAAAAAUAGGUAAACUCGUCUCCUUGCGCGUCGGAGAUCACGACAUUGAAUCGCCGCAGAUUUGCAAUCAGAAGGAAUGCUGGCCACCAUAUCAACGGUUUGGUAUUGAGUCCGUUGUCGUACACGAGCGUUACCUGGCUGAUCAGGAUUUGCACAUAAAUGAGCACAACGACAUAGCAUUGAUUCGAAUGGACAGGUCGGUGGAGUUUAAUGAUUAUAUAGAGCCAGUGUGUUUGCCCACUGCUUCCCUCCAACAAGAACUUAAAAAGGGGCAACUACUGACGGUGGCUGGUUGGGGUCAUACAGGCUUGUCUAAAAAUAGCAGAACGAAAAGGAAAACCCGUUUGCCACUUUACGACAUGGAGGAAUGUCGACAUGUAUACCAAAAGUUUCUCUAUGUUGCUGACGAGCAAUUCUGUGCUGGAGGUGUCCACAACCAAGACGCUUGCUAUGGCGAUUCCGGCGGUCCGCUUAUGCGCCUGAACUCCACAUCUUGGGUAAUAGAGGGCAUAGUGUCAUUUGGGCGAAGCUGUGGACUAGAGAACCACCCGGGCAUCUACACUCGUGUUCGGAACUACAUCGAUUGGAUUGCAGACCAUAUGGAACCAUGGUACUUGAAAACAUUGCAAAUUAAAAAUAUUAAAGCUUUCCUUGAUUUACCGCUGAAUGAAGACAGAAAAAUGUUGCGCGUACUUUUGUUUGCAAUGCUAAGUGCAUUUCCGGCCAAUACGGCUCUUGGACAAUACUUCGAGACACAGACACGUCGCUGCAUGAAUCCGAACCAACGUUCCGGCGCCUGCGUAUCUAUUUACGAUUGCCAGACAUUGCUGUCGGUGCUGCAACGCGGCUCAAUCCAGCCACUCGACACCGAGUUUCUGCGCGCCUCCGAAUGCCGCGGCGGCUAUGGCAGUGGCCCGUAUGUGUGCUGCACCGGCGAUACUGGUUUCACACGCAACACUUACGACGACUACAAUCGUCAGCAGAGCACCACCCUUCUCUUUCCCGCAGGCCCAAUCGAGGGUCGGCAACGGCAAAGACAACGACUAAGCGCAUUUAAUGGAGAUGGGCGUGGAUUUAAUAGCAUCGGCAGUGCGACUGGUGACGGGAACGGUAAACAGCCCAGAGACAUACCAGCUGGUGCACAGGUGUCAGCGUCGGCGACUUUGCCGCGCGUGCCCACCUGUGGCGGUGUGACAAUAUCGAAUAAGAUCUACAGCGGCACAGAUGCGGAUCUGUAUGAGUUCCCAUGGAUGGUGCUGCUCGAGUACAAUCGACGAUCCGGUGGCUUGUCAACCAACUGUGCUGGCUCACUUAUAAGUAAUCGCUAUGUGUUGACGGCAGCGCAUUGCGUGAAAGGUGAUAUUGAGAAGAAAAUCGGACCCCUCAUCGCCGUUCGCUUAGGUGAAUACGACACCACCAAGGAAGUCGAUUGCAAUGAGUAUUCAUGCACUUCUGCAGCUGUGCGCGUCGGCAUCGAAGAGACCAUUCCACAUGAACAGUAUCGUGACAAUUCGGCAAAUAAAGAGAACGACAUCGCAUUAUUGCGCCUCGAUCAGGAUGUGCGCUUCUCCAACUCCAUACGGCCCAUCUGCUUGCCAUCGGCGGUGAAGCAAGAGCGUUCAGCCCCGGCUAGCGGCACCUUGUACACCGUCGCCGGUUGGGGGCGUACGCUUCGCAACCCAAAGAGUGCCAUCAUACAGAAGUUGCAAGUGCCACUUGUCGAUUUAGCGCAAUGCCAGCAAAAGUUCCGCGAACGAAAGGUGAAUGUGGUGGACAGUCACAUCUGUGCGGGCGGCGUUUAUGCCGAAGACAGUUGUGAGGGUGAUUCGGGUGGUCCGCUGAUGCGUUUCCGCAACGAUGCCUGGGUAUUGGAGGGCAUCGUGUCGUUUGGCUUCAAAUGCGGCCUCAGCGGCUGGCCGGCUGUGCAUACGCGUGUUGCGAACUAUGAUAACUGGAUACGCAGCAAAGUACGGAAUUAGAGAAAUUAUUAUUCGAUUAAAAUAAGUGUUUAAUGUUUUAGUUCAUAGCAAUUUGAGUUGAAUUGUGAUUUUGCCAUUAGUUUGUAAAUUUGUUCGUAUAAUUUCCAAAGACCCCAUGGACUGCACCAUUUAUUUAUAUAAUCGUACUGCAUUUAUCAUUAUUUUAGUAGUCGAUAACCACUACAUCAUACAAAAUGUACACGCAAACUUUAAUAAAUGUGAAAUAAAA